AUGGGCCAGAAAGGAAUCCGCACAGCUCUGAAAGUUGACUUGAACAAGCCAGCGUGGGAGCAGCCUGGGUUGCAUAAUCGGUGGCAUCCAGAGGUCCCUUCGUGCGGCAAGAUCGCCAACAAUGAAGUCGUUAAGAUCGAGUGCCUCGACUGGACCGGAGGCCAGAUCAAGAACAACGACUCGGCCGACGACAUAAAGAACGUCGACCUCACUCAGAUCCACUACCUGUCCGGUCCUUUCGACAUCGAGACCGCCGAGCCCGGCGACGUCCUCCUCGUCGAGAUCCAGGACGUCCAGCCCUUCGAGGACCAGCCCUGGGGCUUCACGGGCGUCUUCGAGCCCCAGAACGGGGGUGGAUUCCUGGAUGAGAUCUACCCCAAAGCAGCCAAAGCCAUCUGGGACUUUGAGGGCAUCUUCUGCUCGUCCCGUCAUAUCCCCCAUGUGCGCUUCGCGGGCCUCAUCCACCCCGGCAUCCUGGGAUGCGCGCCCUCGGCCGAGGUCCUGGCCGAGUGGAAUCGCCGCGAGGGCGAGCUGAUCGCGACGAACACCACAGGCCGUGAUGUCGCUAAACCCCCAGAGCCCAAGAACGUCCACGCUGGCAGUGCAAGCGAGGAUAUCAAAGCCAAGGUCGGGCGAGAAGGCGCCCGCACUGUCCCGGGCCGCCCCGAACACGGCGGAAACUGCGACAUCAAGAACCUCUCCCGCGGCUCAAAGGUGUAUCUACCAGUGCAUGUGCCCGGGGCCAAGUUCUCCGUCGGCGACCUGCACUUUUCACAAGGCGACGGCGAGAUCUCCUUCUGCGGCGCGAUCGAGAUGGCCGGCGUGAUCACCCUCAAGUUCACAGUGAUCAAGGACGGCAUGGCCAAGCUGGCCAUGAAAUCGCCCAUCUUUCAUCCCGGCCCUGUCGAGCCGCAGUUUGGUCCCGGCCGCUACUUGACCUUUGAAGGCUUUUCCGUGGAUGAGCAUGGCAAACAGCACUAUCUUGAUGCCACAAUUGCAUAUCGCCAGACGUGUCUCCGAGUUAUUGAGUACUUGCGGCGAUAUGGCUACAGCGACUACCAGAUCUACCUGCUGCUCAGCUGUGCGCCUGUUCAAGGUCAUAUCGCAGGACUGGUGGAUAUCCCCAACGCGUGUACUACUCUGGGCGUGCCGAUGGAUAUAUUUGAUUUUGAUAUUCGUCCUGAGGCGGAGGUAGUGAAGAUGGAUAUGGGGAGCUGUGCUUUUGCGAGCAGUUGA